AUGUUCCGAGCAGCUUUUCCCACUGCGUCGGAAGAGGAUGAGAAACGCGAGACGGCUUGGAUCAAGGAGAAUUAUGACCUUUCAGGAAAUAACGGUACGCAGAAGGACCCUACCAUCUCACGGCUCGCUGGUACUUGGGUCGAUCCGGAGCUCGCCAAAGAAAUCGCCCGCGAUUACAGAAUUAGCGAUAUGAUCGCCAACGUCAUCGAGGCGAAGCCUGACCCCAAUGGUAACUAUCGCAGGAGUGGAGGAGGCGGUGGCAACAAGGGGCCCAUCACUGUGAAUUUGGCAAAACAACCUCCAUCCUCCACGUCGUCUAUCAAACCUCCAUCUCGAGCCGCCUUCCCGAGUCCCUCGAAGGCCACCCUUCCUGCUGCUAAGCGACGAAAGGAAUCAUCCCCCGUACCUGUCUCGUCUCCCCCGCCUGAAACACCUCGCCAAGUUCGACGUUCUGGUCGCACUCGCAGCCCAGCGCCUAAACCAUCUUCAAUACCGGUCCCCCUCACCAGCAUGAAGACACCGAAGAAGGCCACCCGCGUAGAGCCUGUUGUAACCCCAGGUGGUUCGGAUGAAACUGCAGUUGACGAAGAUGGCGAUGGUGCUACUACUGCAAUCGCCAUGACGGAACUACACGAUGAGGAUAUCGCGUCACAAAAACAGAUGAUCGCAGAUAUGAAAGCUCAACGUGACGCCGCGCAAGCCUCUACCCUGGAGGACGCUAUGGAUGAAGACAGAGUUAAGGACGAGGACGAUGAGUCUAGCGAUGAAGAAGGGGAGUCUCCCAAGGAAACUGCCCAACCGUUGAAGCGCUCGCGCGAGGAUGAAGAGCUUAAAUUCGAAUUCAAGGAGCCCAAAGCAGAGUCAGAAGUCACCGAGCGAGCGAUUGUCACGAAUCGCCGGGUAUCCGGGUUUAGGCUUGAGCCUCAGCAGAAGAGCUUCGCGUGGGGUAUGGCUGCAUUUGCAGUUGGGUUUGGCGCUGUUACUUUCCUCCCCAAUUUCUUCUAG